GACUGAAGCUCGUCGGUGUGACUGUAGAGCAGAACGUGUGCGGCGGUAAUGGCUGCCAGGGAGAGUGAGGAAGACAACAAAUGAACCCCUGAGAAGCGAUUCAAAGUGAGGACUAGGAUGGUAAGCAGUCAGCCGAAGUACGAGCUGAUCCAGGAGGUGGGCCGUGGCAGUUACGGCGUGGUCUAUGAAGCAGUCGUGAAGCGCACAGGAGCACGGGUGGCAGUGAAGAAGAUCCGCUGCCACUCUCCGGAGAAUGUGGAGCUGGCCCUGCGGGAGUUCUGGGCCCUGAGCAGCAUCCAGAGCCAGCACCCGAAUGUCAUCCACCUGGAGGAGUGUAUUCUGCAGCGGGAUCAGCUGGCCCAGAGGAUGAACCAUGGUUCCAGUUCCCCGCUCUAUCUCGAGCUGGUGGAGACAUCUCUGAAGGGGGAGAUCACCUUCGACCCGUGCUGUGCCUACUACUUGUGGUUCGUCAUGGACUUCUGUGACGGGGGCGACAUGAAUGCAUACCUGCUGUCCCGUAAGCCCAGCCGCAAGACCAACACCAGUUUCAUGCUGCAGCUGGGCAGCGCCCUGGCCUUCCUGCACCGCAACCAGAUCAUACACCGUGACCUCAAACCAGACAACAUCCUCAUCUCCCAGGCCUGCACGCCAGCCGGCUCAUCUGAGCCAACUCUCAAAGUGGCCGACUUCGGCUUAAGCAAGGUCUGCUCAACCUCUGGCCUCAACCCUGAGGAGCCGGCCAGCGUGAACAAGUGCUUCCUGUCCACAGCUUGUGGGACGGACUUCUACAUGGCCCCGGAGGUCUGGGAGGGCCACUACACGGCCAAGGCAGAUAUCUUCGCCCUGGGGGUGAUAAUCUGGGCCAUGGUCGAGCGCAUCACCUUUGUUGAUGUGGAGACUCAGAAGGAGCUGCUGGGGAGCUAUGUGCAGCAGGGCUCAGAGAUUGUACCCUUAGGAGAGGCCCUGUUAGAAAACCCAAAGAUGGAGCUGCUGAUCCCCGCCAGGAAAAAGAGCAUGAACAGCCACAUGAAGCAGCUGAUCAGGGAGAUGCUGUCGGCCAACCCUCAGGAACGGCCCGACGCCUUUGAACUGGAGCUCAGACUGGUCCGUAUUGCUUGCAGAGAGCUGGACUGGGACACGUGAUGGAUGAGCAAGCAGCAUCACAGACUCCGCCCAUCAAGCACAUGUACACAUUUCAUCAGCUACUGUUAUCCCAGAGGGUCACGUAACGGGGGAUUAUUGUUUUAAACUAGGGAACAAUAACUAGAAUAGUCAUUGUUUGUAUUGUGGCUUAAACUUCAUCCACUGUCCAAGCACAUACAGUCUUCUACUUGCUGUGUCUUUAUAUUGAAGGGGAGAGAUGUGACACCCACCACUGCUGCUGCUCCAAACUGCAGUUUAGUCUCAGGCUAAUCACAUCACAGCUUCCACUUCCUCCUUACACAAUCACUUGAGCGUGAUGGAAGAGCAAAAUGACCCUCGAAGUCCUGCGUUCAAUUAGAAGGGAAAGUCAGAGUGACAGCCAAACAGCUUGUCUCCAAAUACCAUCUUGAACUCGGUGCUAAUUGUUACUCAAUGCAAUAUGAGACAUUAUCCUGUGAUCUACAUUUAUCCAAAGGGCCGAUACUAAAACCCAAUCACCUCGAUGUGUGGAAUGUUUUGAAGCCGUUUGUGACUUUGGCAAAACCUGACGUAAAAACUCACUUCAGCAUGGUCUUGACCACCAGCAUUAAUAUUUACAAUAUUUGCAUCAAGAUUUGAGUCUAUUAUGGAAUAAAUUGCAGAUAUGCCCUAAAUGCUCAGGUAAUAAAAAUAUACAGCAUGAUGGUAUUUGUAGACAAAUGUCUACUGUCAAGGUCAGUUUUGUUCUGUUGUCUUGAAGAAGGAAACCGACCAAACUUUGGUGCUUUGCCCCCCCUCCCCUCCUUUGGCCUGUUUUAUUGGCUUUGUGGGUUGAGGUCAUUUUAACCACGUUUCCGGUGCUUGUGGUUGUUGUUUUCAUUGCAAAUUUCAAGAUAAGUUGAGCGGUCCCAGACUAACCCCUAACAUGGUUAUUUAUUUAUGUGGAGCCUUAAACACAAAACUCUUAAUUUUAAUAACCUCACUGUCAGUAAGGCAGAGAGACUAAAAGGAUCAUUCAGGUUUAUUACAAGUGGGUUCUCAGUUUCAUAGUUGUCACUGUAUUCAUUAAAGCCCCUUUCGGACAUACGUAACAUUUCAAGUCCUAAAGUGAGUUCAAACAAGGAUGACUUUUAUAUUAAUGUGCCUUCUGGCUUUAUUCAGACCUGACAGACUGUUAUGGAGGGAGCAUCGAACACCCACGACUAGACAAUACAGACAGUUUAAUACACUGUAUGAGAUCCUUACAGUGUAGUAAUGCUGCCUGGUUAUCCUGGUUAUCCUGGCUGUCCUGGUUAUACUGGUUAUCCU